UUUUAGCCGAUGGUUUUCGAAGACACUAUCGCAAGUCGCAUACCGAAGUGAUUUCUGCUGCAUUUUUGUUUCUUGUUUGUGCACGUGCAGAACGCAACUAAAUGCGCCGAGCCUGAGUCGAUGCGAGCGGACUGGAGGACAGCGGAUAGCGGGCGGCCAUGGAUCAAUUCUCGCACGAUCUGACGUUGGCUCUGGACCUGACGCUGAUGGACAGGGCUAGUGGCGGCGUCGGUAGGUGGGGCUCCCGCCGCAGGACACGUUCCACGGGCAAUCUGCCCUGCGCCCCUCAGCCCACGGAGGACUCCUCCAGCAGUCCCACGGACGCGCUGAACCUGGGGCACCAUCACGGGCAUCAUGGCCACCACCACCAUCACCAUCACCACCACCCAAGUGCCAACGUGGACGGACUGGACACACACAACCUCAAGUUGCCAGCUAGCGACUCUGACGAAAAGGCGGAGGCGAUGCUGCCUCUGCGUCUGCCACUGACCUUGCCUGGACGCAUGGGUGCCCUGGAGUCGGACUCGCUUAACGAGACCACCUUCAGUCCAGCCAGAUUCUACAAGCCCAACUCGCGAAGGAAACGCAAAAUCAAGCGGAUGUCCAUGGAGUUCGAGUUCAGCAAGGAUACUCCACACACCUUCACCGAGUCGCCGCUGCAGCCCAGCCUGCUAAGUGGCAGCGGCUCUGCUACCGGAACCAUACGCAAGCGGUUGCUGAAAAUUGACGCCACUGGACAUCGCUCGCAUUUGUUCUUCUGCGGCAAACGCAAGCGCUCAAACCGCGAUCGCUACCAUGAGCAGGAUUCGGUGAAGCUGUACGCCUCGCCACACUCACAAGUAGAUGACCAGCACCUACAGCAACCACAGCACCACCAGCAGAGGAUGCGCCCCCGCAGCUACUCCUCCACAUCGAAGCCACUCAGCGACCGUCUGCUGCCACUGAACAAGGGACUGCUGUCGAAGAUCAAUCGAAUGGCUGCCCAAGGACAGCAGACUAAGCACACCCAAAAGACUGAGACGAAGGACAAGGACUUGAAAUGCCACCGUUCUGAAGAGCCCGGAGGAGUAAGCCAGGAGAUGGAGGAGCUGCCCGAUCAAAAGGACGCGGUCAAGAAGCUACCUUUGCCAAGUGCUGAUGUCACGACCGCCAACUUAAGCUCUUUCAGCAUGGACACCAUUGUGCCUGUGACCGAUAUUGAUGCCUUGUUAUUGAGUACGCCACCAGCUGCUCCGCUGCUGCGCAAAAAGGCGCAGGGGCAGGCGCCGGGACACAUCAGCAGUGGCUCAUCCAAGACACACCGACGCCGCCGCUUCCAAACGUUUCCACAGCCUCAACUGCAGCUCCAAGCUCAGUCAAUGGACUGCAGCGAACUUUACGACUUCUUGAGCUCUAGUUCCCUGAGCUCGUCCACGGAUAGCGAGGCGGAAGUAGGUGGUCAUCGCCGACACGACACCGAUCGCGAGGGCGACGAUGAACUGACCGACUGGCCGGGAAACGAGUUCGGACCCGGAGCCCGUUACGAUCCGAAAAGGAAGCUAACAAAGAAAUCACUACUGCCUCAAAUACGCUCGGAUGACACAAUUGGAGAAGAUGACACUCUAAUGUCUGGCACCGAAGCGGGAGCGGUAGGAAUGGAACCGCCUCCGAAGUCUCCAGCCCAGCUGCCUGAAUCUCUGCAGGAUUUAUCCCGCUUCCAACCAGCCGGCGUCUCAGAGCCCAUCGAGAUCCAGAACGCCUGUAUGGUGAUGGAAACGAAUGCAGAUGGCACCAUGCCGGCUUCCCGCCAAAUCGAGAGUGAGAUGUCCGGCGAAACUUCCAAUCCGUUUCUUUCCUCGUCGCCGCCUGGACACGCCCAGGGACAGGAAGUACGCGAGAUCCGCGCAGGGUGUCGCCGCAUCAAUGGCGAGCGACCGGGAUUUAGCAUCAAGAUGAGCGUGAAUGAGCGCAUUGCCCGAUUUCUGCAGGAUCCGCAACAGACACAGAUCCGUUUGCCGGAUAUAGAGCUAUAUGAGACCGAUAGCAUGUCUAACCUGGCCACGCUCUAUUCACUUACCAUGGUGGUGGAGCAGGGAUGCACGGUGCUCACCAAAACCAGGAACACUACGCAGACGGUGAGUGUGGAUCAUCUACAGCAAGGUCUGCAACCGCGUGCAGAUCUCUUUGGCGACUUCAAGCGACGCUGCUACGGCGAGGAGGGCGAGCAACAGCUUCAGCAAGAUCCCGGCCAGAUUUAGCCCCAGAUAGUAACACAUUAAUCAAAACGUGACCAAUCCCCAGCAAAUGCAGACGCACAGCCAUCAGCACUCGGGGUGAAACUCCUGGCUAUUUAAUACGCUUGCAUUGCUGGGGUGGAAGAAACCCGUAAUCUAAGAAUGCUUUUAGCUUGUUUUUGUGAAAGCUGUUCCAUGUACAUAAGUUGCAUCGGUCCGUGUAUAUACUAACUGACUUCGUUUGGGAAUGGCGCCAGCAAGACGGAUACCGGAUCCCAGAUCCCGUCGGUCUGACUACACGCUUGAAAGCGAGCGAGACGACACGUUUUAUAGACAGAGAAAGAGAGAGAGAGAGAGACGACCGACCGAAUGCCGUCGGCAGCCGUUCCACUGUACAAAAUAUAUAUUGUAAGACCUCCAGCGAAUAUGAAUAUAAGAAAUAUAUAUGUGUGGUCAUAUCCGGAA